GGUUAGAAGAGGGUUGCUACAUUAGCAGAGAGUCUGUAAUUGAAACAUUAAGCAAAUUAUUAAUCAAAUUAGAACUGUGUUCUUCUUAGGCUGUGUUCUUUGAACUCAGAGGCUUGAUUCUCACGAAUCAAGAGAGGUUUAUCCUCAAUUUAUCAUUCCAAUCCUGUCAUUGUACUUAGGUACAUGACAAUUGGUAUCUAGAGCCGUUUUUUCCUAAGAAAUCAUGGUUGAUGAGAUGAAUUUACAGGAGGAAAAAUGGGUAUGUAUGAAUGGGAAAUUGGUACCCAUAGUGAAGUUGGAACGACUAGCAACGGAGGAUUUAAACACUUGUCGAUGGUGGUAUCGGUUUUACAUGGAAAAGAGUAUAUCUCCAGAUCGAGAGAAAUCCAUUCGGAAGUGGUCAAAAUUGAUGAACAAGACAUUGAAGAAGUUGACAUCAAUCAUAUUUAUUAGGUAUACUUCUUCAGCUCAUCAGCCUCCUUGCAGAGUGAAAGUCGCUGCAUCAGCUGUUGAUGAAUUUUCAGAAUUGAUUCCCACUUUUUUCUUUGAAGAAGUUUCAACUGUGGUUAACUUAACUCCUUCAGCUAUCGACGAAGAAGAGGAUUCUCUCAAUUCAGGGUUGAUUCCUUCAAUUUUCCUUGAUGGAAAGAAUGAUUUGUCUGUUGAUCAGAGUUUUCCGUUUGAUAAAGUGGCUAAAUCUGAUGUUUUCGAAGGAAAUAGGUUAAGUGAAUUCCAAAUUUGGGAAGUACAGCAGCUAAGAAACAAUGGCCUGACUGAACUAAUUUUGAGAAAUGGCGUCCAAAUUUUCUCUGAGGCCUAUGAAAAUGUUCACUGUUUGACCAAGUUACUCUUUUUCUACAGCAAAUUUCUAGGAAUGUCUUGUUUUCACUUCCAACUUGAUGCUUCUCGCUUGUUAUUCGAUCGGGGUCUUAGAAUUCUCCAUGUUGCUGAAAUUGGUGGUGCAUGGAAUUUGGUUGCUGCGUUUUCAGAGGGAAAUAGAUUUUUGUUUCUUUUAUUGGUUAGAGUGGUGAGCUUUAACAUGGCACCUAAAUGGUUUGCUCAAGUGCUGAGUAUGAUGGGAGAAGAAAUUUUUUUCUUACAGCUCAAAUAUGGGUUGCUUCAGCUGAAGUAUGUUUUGCCUGAUGCAAUUUUUGGUUGUAGGUUUGAGUCCUUGGUUGUUGGUUUUAUUCGACUCCUUAAAGAAGUAUUUAACCCAGCAUAUACUUCAUUUAUCCUAUAUCAUGAGGUGCACCAGUCCAGGGUUAUCAUUGACCGACAAGACAGCAAUGUGCACCAGAUUCUUUUGAAAAAGUUUCGCAAAUUUUCAGUGCUUAUAUUCUCAGUUCACACAUAUGUUAGCACUCGUUUAUAUCAUGCAAGAAUUGAUACUUUUCAGCAAUCUCCAUUACUUACUUCUGAAACAUUUUGGAGGUUUCUGAUUCAAGAGGGAGUUAUAAUGACAGUUGGGCGUUUAAAGUGGAGUUAUCUGCAUACUUUUUGUCCUGUUGGGUAUUUUCAGAAUCAAGUUACCUAUAUACUGAUGUGGGUGGCCUUUUUUAAAUGGAAAUACAAAUUGUACUUUACGGGCUUAUGGAGUGCACUGAAUGUUAGUGAGAGACAUUGUAAGAUGUUUGUGGGAGUUUACUUCUCUCUUGCCAGGCUUGUGAGCUCAUAUUGUACCUCAGCUGGCAAUGUUUUCUUACAAAAGCUUAAAGUUGAAGGUGUCCAGGUAUUUCUGAACUCUAUCGUAAGCACUGGUCCCUUCUACCUGCACUAUGCUCACUAUGAACUAUAUGGGUGUAUUCACCUAUGGAUUUCGAAGGGUGGUAAUUGUUUUUCUCUCUACUUUGUUUACAAUUGUUACUUAUUUGAUCGUGGUAAGGGGUUUGAUCGAUCUCUUCUGGAUUCUUACAAUGAGACAUCUGUGUAUGAGUUUGUUUUCGAACGCGGGUACCAACUGGAGUUGGUGUUGGCAUCCUUGAUCAUGUUUUUAAUUGUGCUAUGGUUUAUUGAAGCUGAGAACAGUAGUAAUAGUGGUUUCUACUUGCUUGUGCUUUGGUCUCCAUCUGAAGUAUGUGGAAGACUGGCGACUCACGAGAGAAUUAUAUUGCUAGUUAUGCAGUCCGUUUGUAGUUCUUUGCAAGCAUUUUUCCCUACCUGGUAUUUUACUCGUUGCUGCAAGGACAUACCAGCUUUAUCCAACUUGGAUUCGAGUGAAUAUUACCCUGGUAUAUGGAAGUUUUUGUCAAAUGGUGAUUCUCAUAUCAAUGAGGUACUGGUAUUCACGCAUGUGAUGAGGAGAGUUGCUGAGAUUCUCGAGCACUUGCAGUUUAAUGGUUGGCUUACAGUCAAGGGUUACAUACGUAGUGAACUUUUGGGAGGUAGAAUAAUGGUGGGGAACUUCGCUUAUCUCGUUGUAUCUGAAGUCAAUACUGUGUUUGCAACUGUGCCGGAGCUCAGGAAUCUUCCACCAAGGGUAGACAACACCGUACAAGUUCAGAGUGGAGCUUACGAAAAUUUCACAGAAGAGGAGCUCAGGGAAAUUCCAAUUUCCUUAGUGUCAGGUACACUUUGCAAUGAGGAUUCUGCCAUGAUUGGUUUUUGUCCUUGUGUUAUGCGCGACUUAUAUCAUGGUGCUACUAUAAACUUUUUUCUGUGGUGUAUCCACCACCAAAAGGGUUGUAUCCAGUUGGAGACUUCUGAAGGGUUAAAGAACAUUCAGUUCGGACUCGCGAUGUUUCAAGAUCCUACUGUGCUAAUGUUCGUGGUAUCCUUGAUGUGGGUUUUAUUGAGGAUAUACUUGAUAACAAAUGGUGAUACUAAUCUCACCUGUGUACUGAAGAUCUGUAUCCCAGUUCAAGGGUUGCUGCUAUUAUAUAUAUCAAGCUGGGAGUUGUGCAGAUUUAGUCAUUGUACCUUGCAGUUAAGUGGUCCGUGAGUUCCGGGUCAGAAUUGGAUUUAUGGUCAGAGGAACACAAGUUCAGUACACAUUGAAGUAGAGACUUCCAAGUUUGUCAUAGUAUUCAACUAUGUGCUACAUUUUUCCCUGGUAUACGAAGUCAUGAAGAUAAGGGGUAAUGAGCACUCAAGAGUUCACUCCACUGGUUCGUUUUCAGGGAGUAAUUACAACUUGGAGAUUAACAGGGUGUCUAAAAAGAGGGCAGUGGACGGCUGGGCUUGAUGUGAAGGUGUUUAUGGGCCUCACAUGGGUUUUCACUUUUCAGUGGCAUUGUAGGUUCGGGUCUUCUGAUGGAAUUUCUGAUGCGUGCCUCUCCAACUUUCAUAGUAAUUCACCCUACUCUCAUCCUUGAGGACAAGGAUGUUUCCGAGGGGAGUGGAAUGUCCGGGUCUUCUGAUGGAAUUUCUGAUGCGUGCCUCUCCAACUUUCAUAGUAAUUCACCCUACUCUCAUCCUUGAGGACAAGGAUGUUUCCGAGGGGAGUGGAAUGUCAUGUGUCCGAAGGUGCCCCAUAUCGUAUUCGCGUCUGUCCUUAGUAAUAAUGGUACUUCGUAUAAUUAGUAGUUAAUUCUCGGUGUAACCGGUGGCUAUGAUGUGACCACCUGGAGCGUUGCUAGAUGUUAGAUAUUAGGUUAGAAGAGGGUCUCUACAUUAGCAGAGAGUCUGUAAUUGAAACAUUAAGCAAAUUAUUAAUCAAAUUAGAACUGUGUUCUUCUUA